AUGCCAGAAUUUAUGCCAGAGUUCCAGGGAGGCUCCUACAAUCCAUGGGGAGGGCCAGAGGGUGGUUGUCCUGAUGAUAUAGGGACGGACUUUGCCAACUUGUUCUAUCGCUGGAAUAUUGGGCAGCGUGUCACAGCCAUGAGUCUGUACAUGCUCUUUGGCGGAACUAACUGGGGCGCUAUCGCGGCGCCUGUCACCGCAAGCAGCUACGACUACUCAGCUCCUAUUUCGGAAGAUCGUUCAAUUGGCUCAAAAUAUUACGAGACCAAACUUCUCGCACUGUUCACACGUUGUGCGAGGGAUCUCACAAUGACGGAACUGGUGGGCAACGGAACGCAGUAUACCGAUAACUCGGCCGUGAGGGCAUAUGAGUUGCGAAACCCGGAAACAAACGCUGGAUUCUACGCCACUUUCCACUAUAAUACUUCCACCUCCACGAAUGAAGCGUUCCAUCUCAAGGUCAACACAUCUGCUGGCGAACUUAGCGUUCCAAGGCAUGGUGGGAAGAUUCAUCUUAAUGGGCACCAGUCUAAGAUUAUCGUUACGGAUUUCACCUUUGGGUCCAAGACUCUCCUCUACUCAACUGCAGAGGUCUUGACUUAUGAAGUCUUCGACAACAACCCCACGCUGGUUCUUUGGGUACCCACCGGCGAGACAGGCGAGUUCUCUAUCAAGGAAUCUAAGGCAGGGUCAGUCAAAAAGUGUCAAGGAUGCUCGAGUGUCAAAUUCAUGAGUGACAAGGCUGGCGUGACUAUAUCAUUCGUCCAGUCGUAUGGAAUGAGCGUGAUUGAAGUCGAUGAUGUCCGAGUCAUUCUUCUUGAUAGGACAUAUGCGUACGAAUUCUGGGCUCCUGCGAUCACGAAUGAUCCAUUCGUCCCUGAGAAAGAGAGUGCUUUCGUUCAAGGACCUUAUCUCGUCCGUGAUGCCAGUCUGUCCGGUUCAAAGCUUGCAAUCACAGGUGACAUCGUCAGCGCGACAACAGUCGAGGUCUUUGCACCAGAGGCCGUGAAGGCCGUCACAUGGAAUGGCAAAUCGCUCAAGACUCAGCGCACGGCGUACGGUAGUCUCAAGGGUUCAAUUGCGGCACCGAAUACUAUUACCCUGCCUACCUUUGGAUCAUGGAAAUCCAACGAUAGCUUGCCCGAGCGCUUCACGUCAUAUGACGACAAUGGAGCAGCAUGGGUUGCCUGGCUAAACGGCGAAUUCAUCGGCUCAUACCUCGGUAACGCCUCGACAGAACAAGCCAAUCUAACCCUAUCCUUUUCCAAUGCCACGGUGAGCACGAGCAAACCCAAUGUCCUCCUCGUCGUCCAAGACGACACCGGCCACGAUGAGACAACCGGGGCCUUGAACCCCCGCGGAAUCCUCGACUUCAAACUCGAAGGCUCAUCAACCGGGUUCUCACACUGGCGUCUCGCUGGCACAGCAGGAGGCGAAUCAAACCUCGACCCAGUGCGCGGCGCAUGGAAUGAAGACGGCCUAUACUGCGAGCGAGUCGGGUGGCAUCUCCCUGGUUUCGAUGACUCGGCCUGGUCAACCGCGUCAAAUGUCCGGACAUUGAUGAAGGGAACAACUAGCUCAGUACUCAGCUUCACGGGUGCAACGGUGCGAUUCUUCCGAACAAUUAUUCCCCUGGAUCUUCCAUCGGGUCGCGAUAUCUCCAUUUCGUUCAUUCUCGGAACGCCCACUGGCUCGACCCAUUCGUAUAGAGCUCAGCUGUUCGUGAAUGGUUAUCAGUAUGGGCGAUACUAUCCCCACAUCGGAAACCAGGUGGUGUAUCCCGUUCCGGCGGGAAUUCUGGAUUACAGUGGGGAAAAUACCAUUGGAAUUGCUGUCUGGGCGCAAAGUGAGGAGGGUGCAGAUAUAUCUGUUGGGUGGAAAGUAAAUUAUGCUGCUGAUAGUUCGUUGGAGGUGGUUGGUCUUGGGGAAGGAUUGCGGCCUGCGUGGAGCGAAGAGCGGAAAAGGUUUGGCUGA